CUCAUCUCUCUCUCUCAAAAUAUGUGUGAAUUCCCUUUUUCUAUCUUAUAAAACAAGAAACACACAUACACACAAAGAACUAGCUAGUUUUAAGCCAUCUUUAUAUCAUUUUAAGAUAUAAAAUAUCUUAUAUAUAUCGAAAAUUGUAUGUCUUGUUUCUCUUCCCCUAUAUAUUAGGAGGGAAGAGGAAUAAGACUAGCUAGGACGUACUACUGGCCUGGUUAAGAAGAUUAUUUGGACGUAGUAGUCAACAACUUAGAAGAAGAAGAAGAUCAAGAAAAGAGAAACAACAACAAAUGAAUUGGUUGCAAAAAAUGGUUUUUCCUGUUAGACGUGUUUGGCUUGCGGUUGCUGCUCGUGUCAAGUCUCGAAACAACGGUGUGGGUCUUUUGAAGCUACAUGAUGACAUACAAACAUGUGGGUAUGAGGAUGUCCAGAAAAUGUGGGAGAUGCUUCAUAGAACAGAAUCCGAGUUAACAUCAAACAGCCACCGGAAGCGUAAGCCAAGAUCAUUUUGGAAGAUCUUCGUAUGGCACAAUAGCAAUACUACUUGUUCAACACCUUUCUCAAUUCAUGCUUAACAAUGUCAAAGUCAAUCGGUGUCACCUUACUACCCUGCAACAGAAUAUAUAUUAUCAUUAGUAUGAUUUUGAGAUGCGUCUCGAUGGGCUAUUGUGGAUGUUAGUGCUAAAUAAAAGUACUAGCGCCACAGUAGCAAAGUCGUUUUUUGUAAAUAUAUUAUGCUUUUUUUCAAGAUCCAGAUCAAGUCAUACACUGUAAAGAAAAGAAAUCAUCCGUAAGCUAUGUAUGUUGCUUGUGCAACAUUACUUGAAUAAAUUAUGUGAGCCUUUUAUGGAA